UAUGAAUUUUAAUUUUCCCGGGUAAAUGGCGGACGCCCCAGUGCGCCGGGCAGGGGGUCCGAAAACACCAUAAGAUAUAUGAGAUAAAAUUUAAUUUUAACCACUAUUAUAAUUCAAUCAUAAUAUUGUGUCCAGGGUAGAACAAUUAUAAUCAAUGACAUCAGAUGUGAACAAUACGUGAAAUUUACUACUUUUGAUUUUAUUAUUUGUGUUCGUGCUCUUUCGCGCUAAUGUUCAACUUCUAAUCUUGACUUUAAACGCGUAUUGUAAGUAAUACCUUAAGGAUUUAAAAAUUAAAAACAGGGGAACACCAUACCGAUUGUGUUCGGUAUCCCAUACGUACGUAUAUAAUACUCCCCACUCCAGAUAUUUUUGUUUUUUUUUUUCAUGCGAAACGCGACGCAAUGACAGUGCUUAGCUUAUUGUUGUAAAGUUCUCGCCUUGGUUAUAAAAGAACAUUUGACAUUCGACUCUCGAUAACAGACCAAAGCGUUUAAACAUAAGCCAGCAACAUACGCAAGAAAUGAAUAAUUCUAUAACAUUAUUGAAAUCAGAUUGAAGAUUUAAUUUUUAUCAAAGCUAUAUUUAGUAUUCAGCUUUCAAAAAGCUAUGGACGGAGAAAAACUAGCUCGGAAAAUUGAAUCAUUUAUUUUCAGAGAAUCUACAGAUGACAGUUACUAUGAGAAUUUAAUUGAAGACGCUAUUCAAGAAACAAUAAAAGAAGGAGAGAUUUCUAUUAAACAUGAAUCAAAAAAUAAGGAAAUCGCAUCGCAAAAAAUAGAUUUAGGAAAUAAGGUGGUAUCAAUCGCACCUUUGAAUGAAUUGAUAGAAAUUUAUAGCGGAGCAAUAGCCUAUGCACUGCCAGAUUCAGAAUUACUAGCACGUGGAUUCGCGAAUCGCUCAGCAGUACUAGCAAAUUUUGGAAUGUAUGAAGAUUCUUUGAAAGAUAUAGAAAGAGCGUUAGAAAUCGGGUAUCCAGACAGUUUAAAAGCUAAGUUAUAUGCUCGCAAAGCAAAAAAUUUGCUAGCUCUUAAUCCAAAAAUGUGUCCUGAAGUUAAUGACUCCAUUACCCAAGCAAAGAUUUGGGUAGAAAAAAUGGAUGAGGAUAAUAAAAAAAAAGUGGAAAACAGCUUAGAUCAACUGAAGAUGAAAUCUUUUAAAGAACCUGUUAAAAAAUGGGAUGAUAGUUUAUUUUUGCCAAAAAUGACCAAUGAUAAUCCUAAAAUAUUGAGAGCUUCAAGCGCUAUUGACAUCCGGCAGUCUGAGAAAGUUGGUCGACAUAUUGUAGCUACAAAAAAUAUUAAAGCAGGUAAAGCUAUUAUGACACACAAGGCUUACUCAGCGGUACUAAUGAAUAAAUAUUGGCACACAUACUGCUGGAAUUGUUUAAAAUUUACUUGGAGUUGCGUUCCUUGCAGUCAAUGCGCCAAUGUCGUUUACUGUAACGAAAAAUGCCGCGAUGACGCCUGGCAGGAGCAUCACGAUAUCGAAUGUCCUGUUAUCAAUGCACUUGUAGCUAUUGAUAAAGAGAUGAUCGAAAUGAGUCUUAUGAGUCUGCGAAUACUUGUAAAAGCUAUUAAAGAAUUCAGAACAGUAGAAGCAUUAUCCAAUAAAGUCCAAGAAAUUGAUCAAAUUGACGAUUCAAUUACAAAAUGUUUCACUCAGGGAGUGUUUGAUGAUACCAAAUAUGCAAGUGUAUACGCAUUAUUACGAAUAAAGUUUGAAGUAUGGAAAUCAAUAUUUUAUACUCGUAAAGCUAUCAAGAUACUUUUUAUUUUGGCUGCAACAACUGAUAUAUUCAAUAAAAAAAUUGUCGAAAUCAGCGAGUUAAGAAAUAUUAAUUUUGGAAAUUUUAUCGGAAAAUUACUGUUUCAACAUAUGGAAAUUGCUACAACUAAUUCCAUUGCGAUAAUGCCGAAUGACAACAAAGGAAACACGGUAAAAGUCGGCAGCGUUUUAUUGCCACUUUUAAGUUUAUGCAGCCACAGCUGUGAUUGCAAUGUUUAUCAGUAUGCUUCCGGAAACAUUAAUGCAGUUAUUGCACUGCAACCGAUAAAAAAAGGUGAACAGAUUUGUAUCAGCUACGGAUCGUAUUAUCGAGAUGCACCAACUUCUCAAAGACGACAGAUUUUGAUGGAAAAAAAUCAUUUUUGGUGUGAAUGCAUUCCUUGUAGUAAUAAUUGGAACCCACAGUAUCGUCCACCGUCUUGUCUGGCGCAGCCAGUGGCGAUAAAAAAUAUGAAUAAAUUACUUCAAAAUAUGAAGAAAUACAACGAAUAUCCACCGAUAGUUCAAUCAUAUCAAAUAUCAACUCGUGACAAAUCUCCACGUGAUAUUUUAAAAACAAUAUCGGGGUUAUUCGAAUUGCUCAAUACUUAUGACAAAUAUGUUAAUUACUGUGCCGAAGUAGAACAUGCAAAAAAUUUAUUACUUAAUAUUUACAUGUGGAUUGCUGGAUACUGAUCAUUUUUUUAACAUUUCCUUUAUAUUUAAAAAAAAAAAAAUUUUAUAAUUUUAAACUAUGGUAUGGUAGAAAUUACUACUUUCUUAUGAACAGUAAAAAAUAAUAAAAGAACCAAAUAAAAAAUCAUAUAGUUUUGAAAAAAAAAACUAAAUUAUUACUUUUAUAUAAUUAUAACAUUAUUUUUAUACUGUCAUGAUGAUUGUUUAAGUUGAUACAUCUACAAAAUGUAAUUGAUGCCUUAGCAGACCUGAUUUACCGUAAAUUUGCCGUGAAAUUCGAGUUGAUUUACCGUAAAUUACGGUAAACCCACCGUAAAUUACGGUAAAUCGGUACUUUACGGUGGAUUACCGUAAAUUACGGCGAGUACAUCGUAAAUUUACCGUCGAAUACGAUAAAUCUACCGUAAAAAAUUCGGGUGGAUUACCGAAUUACCGUAAUUUACGGUGGAUUACCGUAUUUCCGUAUUUUACGGUAUAUCCACCGUAAUUUACGAUAAAACCACCGUAAUUUACGAUAAAACCACCGUAAUUUACGGUAAAUCGGUAUUUUACGGUGGAUUACCGUAAUUUACGGUGGGUUUACCGUAAUUUGGGUCCGUUAGGUUGGUCACUUAAA